AUGACAACCACCGCCACAUCCCCCGCCGCCGCCUCCACCCCCGCCGCACCCUCCGCCACAACGCGGGCCACAACCACCGCCACCGCCACGAGUGCACGCAGCCCCGCAACCGCCGGCACCGGACGUGGGGCCCGCCGAGGCCGCCGUCGUGGAGCCGCCGGCUCCCCGGAGCACGACCAUGUCCCCGUCUUUCUUCUCGCCGGCCGUCGGUCGAACCUCCCCGAUUUCCACGGCACCAUCUCCAGGCGGCGGAGGAUUCCCGGCCGGAGGCUCAUUAACGAUCUUCUUCGCCUGCGGUGGCGGCAGCGGCGGUUGCGGAGCUCUUGCCAGCUCCCACCGGCGGCGGCGGCGGCGGUUGCGGAAGCAGAUUUCGCACCAGAUUGCGAGUACGACCGCGGCACAGCCGCAAACGAUGAGUGCAAUUACAUAUUUUUUCAUCCUUUUCAACUAUCUGACGUUUUUCCAGUUGAUGCUACAAAAGAUUGA